GACGUCCUGGAUUGAGCCGAGUCGCCGCUGUUUGAAAGGUCCAAGAGGCGGUUCGAGCAACCUCUAAAUCCCUACCCCCGCCCGGCCCGAGCGACUUCCAAAUCCCCACCCCUGCCCGGCCCGAGCGACCACCAAAUCCCCACCCGGCCUGAGCGACCACCAAAUCCCCCGGUUCGGGAGACGACUCCAUCCCGCAGGGUCAGGGCCGACAGUGACAGGACUCCGCUGUCCCGGCCGCUCUGGUCGGGCCUCCCCAGGCGUUCUAAGCACAUCUCUGUUCUGGAUUCUGGGGCCCUGGUGUUUCAGAUGUUUCUCCUAGUACUUGCCCAGCUCGUAUCAUGUUCCUGAUAAUUAAAGACUGAGUGGUUGUCCUCCUUGCUGCUUUUGCAAUUCGCAAAGUGUUCCGUGGGAAUGGCUGGGCACUUCCGCAGCUACGUGUGGGAUCCCGUCCUCAUCAUAUCUCAGAUUAUCCUGAUGCAGUGCAUCUAUUACAGUUUCCUCGGUAUUUGGUUGGCUGUGGUGGACAGUCUGGUACAGAACAGUCGCUCACUCGAUCAAGUGUUUAGUUAUGAGGUGCUUGGAUUUUCCACAGCUCAAGGGAGACUAUCGAUGAUGGCAUUUAUCCUCAAUUCACUCACAUGUGCACUUGGAUUGUGGUAUUUUAUCCGAAGAGGGAAGCAGUGUUUGGAUUUUACUGUGACCAUCCAUAUCUUCCACUUUGUGGGCUGCUGGAUCUACAACUUACACUUUCCCACAGCACUGAGUUGGUGGCUGGUGAACAUCGUGUGCAUUGCACUGAUGGCUGUGAUAGGGGAGUACUUGUGUAUGCGGACAGAACUGAGGGCGAUCCCUGUGAACACUGGGCCCAAAUCUAAUCUGUAACAGAUUGUGCAGAAUCAUGGGCUUCUUGAGUACUCAGCACCUCGGAUUUGUCUAUUCGUGAAUGAAACUUGCCCAAUGACCAGUGUUAAAACAGAUUGUUACGUUAAAUAUUUUAUUUCAAUGUUAGCAAGACUUGUCUGCACAAAAUACGACCACCUCGAAUUCUUAUUUUGGUCACCAUAUUAUAUAACCUGUUAUGUAAAGUGAAAAUGGUUUGCAAACUGCAUACUUUUUUUAAAAAUAAGCCUUUCUAAGCAUGUAUCUGUUCAAAAUCUGGAAGUAGCUUUGGUUGGCAGAGUUGAAGGUUGGUGACAGAGUGCACACGUACAGAUAUUUGUGGUUUUAUAAACUAAGCCGGAUGUGGAUUGAAUCACAUUUUCACACAUGCUAAAUUUUCAAGCAUGCUGUAAUUAUUGCAGAAAUCUGCUUUUACAUCUCAUCAGUAGUAAGAUCCCAUCAUCCAGCCCAGUGUCUUCACUCCCUUUCUUGUAAACAAGCUGGAAUGUUCCCAGAAUUUACACCAAUUUUGUUUCUUUUCCUGAUCUAAAUGCCCUUCAAAUUUGGACAUAGUACCCUUAUACACACUGAGUGCUUUUAAAUUUGAAAUCUAUGUCUUAUAACAUCCACUCAACACUUGGAAAGGUAAGGAAUACUAUUUCAGUCAUCAAAUUAGAGACUGGAACCUAUUGUAAUACUGGGUGUAUUUGGCAUUGCACAGUUCCUACUGAUUUUAGGCAAAGAUUAAGCACCCUUGUUUUGAUAUUGAGAUAAAUCUAUUGAUUGGUGUAAAAUAGUUUAGUAAUGAAAUGGUAAAAGCACUUUGAAACUAAAGGCUGGUCCAAUACUUCAGGACUGACUUGAGGCCACAGUCCAUGACCCUUGUGCCAUGUUUUAUUGGCAGGGUACACAACUUAAUCUCUAUUUUAUUUGAAAGUCACAGGAAUAAAUCUAUUACAGUGCUUAAAGUUAAAUGUUUUAGUUCUUGAUUCAGAUCAAUUCCAUUGAAAGAUCCUGAGCCCUGACAUGUUUCUCUAUACCUGCUCCCUCACCACUGUGUUACCCUUCUCCCCACCCCAGUUUUCACUUCCCCUCAAUACUUGCUAAGGUUCAGUUUGGAUGUCUGCAACCCACCUCCAGUAUCUUGGCCACAUUUCAUGAUGUAAGUCUAGACAACAUUAAAGGCCUGUGCCAGCAAACUUCUGCUUGACCAGUGAUAGAAUUAUUGAACGAGCUCCAUAUGGUGAAAUUGCUAGCAUAUCAAAUAGAGUCAUAGCCACCUAAGUUAGCUAAGGCAAAUCGUGAUUAACUAACUUGCUUGAAUUUUUUGAUGAGGUGACACAAAGGGCUGACGAGGGCAAUGCUGUAGAUGUGGUGUACAUGGACUUCCAAAAAGCAUUUGAUACAGUGACACAAAACAGACUUGUAAGCAAAGUUAUAACUCAUGGAAUAAAAAGAACAGUAGCAAUA